AUGCCAGGACCCCUCAUAGUCAACACCUGGCCCUUCAAAGCCGCGACUCAUGCCGCGUACCUCUCGCUCACCUCCUCUCCUCUUAUUGAUCCCAUCGUCGCCGUUGUCGCAGGAUGCUCCAAGGCCGAGGAGCUCCAAUGUGAUUUCACCGUCGGCUGGGGCGGCUCCCCGGAUUCCAAUGGCGAAACCACCCUCGACGCGCUCGUAAUGCGCGGCAGCGACCAGAAUACAGGUGCCGUGGCGGGAUUGAGGAAUAUUAGGGAUGCAACGAUGGUCGCGCGCGAUGUCAUGGAGUUGACGGAGCAUAGUCUGCUGGCGGGGGAUUUGGCCACGCAGUUUGCGGUUCAGUUGGGGUAUAAGGAGGAGUCUCUUACGAGUGAGUACUCGAGGGGUUUGUAUGAGGAGUGGGUGAGGAAUAGUUGUAUACCCAACUUUUACACGGACAGGUGGGGGUGUAAUGGGACGAUUGAGGGGGAGAAAGGGAGUACGGCACACGAUAGAUCACCGAGGAUCGAUGAACAUAAUCACGAUACGAUAGGGCAGAUUGCUUUGCAGGCAGAUGGCAGGAUGGCAGUGGGAAUGUCUUCAAAUGGGGCUAGGCACAAGAUUGCUGGCCGUAUUGGAGAUGCUCCCCUCCCGGGCGCUGGGGGUUAUGUCGAUGACGAUGUUGGGGCAUGUGUUGCAACGGGCGACGGAGACGUAAUGAUGCGACACCUUCCAGCCUUUUUAGGAGUUGAGUUGAUGAGGGGAGGAUUGAGUCCACAAGAGGCUGCGAAUGAAGCUGUGAAGCGAAUCUCGAAAAAACCUAAGGGAUUUAGCGGGGCUGUGGUUUGUGUAAAUACUGAUGGGAAGCAUGCUGCCGCUUGCGAAGGCUUCCAGAAUUUCUCAUAUAGCGUUCAGAGCGAAGGAGAUAGCGAAGCAAACGUGAGAGUCAUCAAGGUCCAACCACUGACGCCACGAUUGGACAUACAUAUACCUCAGCAGCAAGUCAUGUCGUCAGAAGGAUCAAGUUUAAGCGAGCAGAAAGGGAGAGGUGAUCUCUAA